CCCUCCACAUGAGUUCCAAAUCGCUCUGCCUAUAAAUUACCCUUUGCCCUAAACGCCACCAAACAACGCUUUACUCUCUACUCCGCCCGUCGGCUCUCUCUCUCAUUAUCUCCGCCGCUGUUUCUCACUCUCUCUGUGCCCGCUCUGUUUUUUCAGUGACCAGGAUUUAAUUCUUCCAAAAUGAGGGGAAGAAGUUACACCCCUUCACCACCAAGAGGUUAUGGUAGGAGAGGCAGGAGCCCUGAACCAAGAGGACGCUAUGGUAGAGGAGAUGCUCCAACUAGUCUUUUAGUGCGUAAUCUUCGCCAUGACUGCAGGCCAGAAGACUUGAGGAGGCCUUUCGGCCAAUUUGGCCCUCUCAAGGACAUCUAUCUACCAAGGGAUUAUUACUCAGGUGAGCCACGAGGCUUUGGGUUUGUACAGUAUGUGGACCCGGCUGAUGCCGCAGAAGCCAAAUAUCAGAUGGAUGGUCAGAUUUUUCAAGGUCGGGAGCUCACUGUUGUUUUUGCUGAGGAGAACAGGAAGAAGCCCACUGAAAUGAGAGCCAGGGAACGAGGAGGAAGAGGUCGUGUUUAUGAUAGGAGGAGGUCUCCACCACGAUAUUCACGCUCUCCCCGAUAUUCUCGUUCCCCUCCUCCACACUAUGGGAGGUCUCCGUCUCGCAGCCGUGAUUAUUACUCUCCUCCUAAGAGAAGAUACUCGAGGUCCGUGUCCCCCCGUGACAAAAGGUACAGUCGAGAGAGGUCAUAUUCACGUUCUCCAGCGCGAGACCAUUCUCCGCCCUAUAAUGGCCCGAGGAACCACAGUGGGAGCCCAGCGAGAGAACGUUCACCAUAUGGUUCAAGGAGCCGCAGCCAAAGUCCAGGUCGGGCCCGUUCCCCAGUCCGUGCUCGGAGCGCAAGCCGCAGCAGAAGCAGGAGCCCUUAUCCUGCAGAGUACCCAAAGGAGGGCAGGAGGGAUAGGUCUCCCAGCCAGUGAGGACCAGCACUGGUUUAAAUGGGAAAAGAAGGGGUGUUCUGUUGUGUAUUAUCUUAACUUCUCUAAAGUUUCGUAGUUAUCUGCCUUUGUACGGCUAUUGUUGUCUGGACUUGAGAAGUUUUCCUAAUUCUGUGAUCUGGAUUGUGGGAUUAUGCUUUGACUAGCAUUUAUUUUGAAGUGAUUA